AUGGAAAUAGGUAACAAUGAUAUUUUGAGCAACCCUGCCGUUGAUUCGGAAACAUCGACGCUAGGGAUAGGACUGUGGAAGGACCACGCCAUUAUUGCUACUCGCGUCCCUCGUGAUCAAGAGAUCGGCGAGGGGCUGAUCUCACGUGGUGGAUUUGGAGAAGUCUAUCGGCGCAAAUACAAUAAUGAAGACGCCGCCAUUAAGAUGCUGUUCCCUGAAAUGCGAAGUGACCUGAAGAAAGUGCAUGUUUUCCUGGCGGAGGUCAAGUUGAUGGCAAGUCUCUCCCACCCUUGCAUCGUGCAGUUUGUGGGUGUGUCGUGGGGGUCCCUUACUGAUCUGUGUGUGCUAACAGAGUUGAUGAAGGGCGGAGAUCUUCGAUCACAACUCAAAAGACUCGAGGAUCAACAUCAUCAUCAAGGCAUCGACUACGACAAAAUCCGCAUCGCUUACGACAUCGCACAGGCGUUGACAUACUUACAUUCGCUCUCUACGAUCGUGAUCCACCGGGACUUAAAGUCGAAGAACGUGCUUUUGACCGAAGAGCUAGACGCAAAACUCACGGAUUUUGGCGCUUUAAGGGAGUGA